AUGAAGAAAAGUAUCAAACCAAGUCUUCUUUUUCCCUUUUAUAUUCCUGUGUUGAAGGUUUUACGUUUAUCAGAAGGUGGUUUUGUCACGUACAUCCAAAUUAGUCCAGGAUUGAUUACUUUUGAAAUAUUUACAUUGUUCCUUGCAUUGUUCAGCCUUUCCCCAUUUUUAGAACUUUUGAGUUAA